AUGUGUGAAAAGUGUAUAAUUUUUCGAACAGAAUUUUUUUUCAGGGAUAUCAAAGAAGUCAACAAAGAUACGUUCGACUACAAGGCAAUUGAAAAAAUUGCAGACGGUCGUUUUUCGACAGUUUUCAAGGGAUUUCAGAAUGGUAUUGGCAGCGAGAGACGCACCGACGGUGGUGACCAAAAGAAGGUCAUCAUAAAAGUUUAUCCGAAACAAGCUGCCGUUUGGCGUAAUUCUAUUGAGAUUAAGAUUCUCAAGGGUCUGCUGAAAGUCGACUGUUUCCCUCAAUUUCUUGACGCAUACAAUGGGGACAAAUACAUUUUCAUUGUUAUGGAGCCGGCUGGAGAGAGCCUCAAAACCGUCGUCAGCAGAAGCCCGAAUGGAAAGAUUUCGAAUGAGAAUGCGGUACGUGUCGGAUUCCAACUCCUACGUGCAGUGCGUUACUUGCACUUAGGUGGUUACAUGCAUCGGGAGAUUUCAUCUGGCAAAGUUUUGGUGGGACUGAUCAAAAACCAAGUCUUGAUCAAGCUCACCGGUUUCGGAGGUGCCACUUCGAUCGAAGUCAAGAACCGGCGCUCGUCGUUGUUCGUUCAGAUCAACAUGCCGCCUCGUCCGAAGUACACGGUCAUCGAAGACUUCUUGAAGGCGGUGGGUGUUCUCGUGGAAAUCGCUGUGCCAAAUGCUCGUGGAAUGGAAGGAAUUAACAUCAAAGAGUACACGAUGCCAGCGCUUCAUAAUAGCCAGAUGUGGAUUGGUGAGAUCUGGCAAGGACUCAAAAAGUUGGUUGAAGAGAAGAAUCCAGACACUGAUUUCAUGUACGGUCUCCUCAACAAUGCUGUGUCUGGACUCAACAAAAAAUCGCCAAUGAGCUAUUCCAUCUCAAAUGGGUCUUUGAUUCUUGAUUAA